AUGGCGUAUUCAUUCGAAAAUGGGUUGAUCUGUCCAAUCACUUGUGAGGCGUUCAGAGAUCCCGUGUUAGCUGAAGAUGGUUAUACAUAUGAACGAACUGCGAUCACUGAAUGGAUCGCCCGUCACGGCACGAGUCCUUUCACUAGGCAACCAUUGAGUGUCCGUGCCUUGCGACCCAACUAUGUGAUCAGACAGUUAGUCAAUAAUUUAGAGCGCAAUCCUACGCAUGAAAACCGUCAAGCUACCUACUUUCCAGAUUCUGAAAGCAGACGAACCACAUAUGAACAGAGGCCGUCGAAUAUAUUACCACAAGGUACUCGCGUUGUCAGCCCCGGCCGUGUCGAGAGUCCACACCGGCAACAUGGAAGUAUUGAUGCACGGCGAACUAUCGAUCCGCCAAGUUACAUGGUUCAACAUACUGUCAUACCCACAUGUAUAUAUAAACUAUCAUCAGAAUCCAUUCAACAAAGCGUAACAACGCCUAACACAACCGAUGUGGUGGUGACUCAAGUGACUACAACUAUGAUAACAACGACCACCGAAUCUAUUGUCUCAAGUAUAACAACGCCGACAAUAGUGUGCUCAUUUGGCUACUACCAAAAUGGUAUGCAGUGCCUGCCAUGUCCAGCAGGUUACUCAUGUACAACUAGUUUUCAAUCACCACAAGCAUGUGCUGCUGGCACUUAUGCCGCAGGCACCGGCAACAGUUACUGCACUCAAUGUGCAAGUGGAUACUAUAGCACAACGUUCGGAUCUUCCUCCUGUACCACGUGUGCUGCUGGAUAUUUCUGUGCUAAUAGUUCUCAGUCACCGUUACCGUGCCCUGCUGGUACUUAUGCAUCGUACGUCGCCAGUACCUACUGCACUCGAUGUUCAACUGGUUAUUACAAUAUUGCGGUGGGAGCAACAUCCUGCACUGCAUGUCCAGCAGGAUAUUUCUGUGCGAAUAGCUCUCAGUUACCCGAGCCCUGUAUAGCUGGUACUUACACGUCUGGUACUGGAAAUAGCUACUGUAGUCAGUGUGCAUAUGGGUUUUAUAGUAACAGGACGGGUUCGUCCAUCUGUAUAGCAUGCUCAGCUGGCACGUUCGCUUCAUACCUUGGAAGUAGUUUUUGCACGCAGUGCGCAACCGGUACUUACGCUUCGGGUACCGGCAACGGUUAUUGUACUCAAUGUGCAAGCGGCUACUUUAGCGCAACGUUAGGGGCAUCCUCCUGUACGACAUGUCCUGCGGGAUAUUUCUGUGCUAAUAGUUCUCAGUCACCGUUACCGUGUCCUGCUGGUACUUAUGCAUCGUCCACCGCCAGUACCUACUGUACUCGAUGUUCAAUGGGCAGUUAUGCUUCAACCACUGGUAGUAGCUACUGCAUCUUGUGCUCCAGUGGCUAUUACAGUUCGGCGUCUGGUGCAACUUCGUGUACAGCCUGUCCAGCUGGUUCGUAUGCCUCAUAUACCGGCAGCAGCUCUUGCACUUCGUGCGCUACAGGUUACUAUAGUACAACGUCAGGACAAACAUCAUGCACAGCGUGUCCCAAAGGGUAUGUCUGUGUGGAUAGCUCUCAGUUGCCGCAACCAUGUCCAGCUGGUUCUUACACCUCAAACACGGGUAGCACCUCUUGUGCACUAUGUUCGAGCGGAUAUUACAAUACUGCAGCGGGAGCAACAUCUUGCACGGUGUGUCCUAUAGGAUACUCCUGCGCAUACAGUUCUCAGCUACCGGAACCAUGUCCAGCUGGCACUUACACUUCGUACACUGGGAGCAGUUCUUGCACACAAUGUCCAACUAACACUUAUGCUACAGGCGUUGGCAACGGCUACUGUCCUAAUUGCCUAUCUGGUUAUUGUAGUAACGCGGGAGCAUCUUUAUGUACAAUAUGCUCAACUGGAUAA